GAUCUCUUGGAUCACUUUCAGGAUACAUUCAGAUUCAUCCAGUAUGGUCUUGACGAGGGCCAUCGGAUUCUGGUGCAUUGCGAACAAGGUAUUUCGCGUUCUGCUACUGUUCUUGCCGCUUUUGUGAUGAAGUCAGAGCGGUAUCAUCCUAGUGAAGCUAUUCGAUAUAUCCAACGCUUCCGGCCCAUUGCAGACCCGAAUCCAGGGUUUCGCAAGCAGCUU